UUUAAUUAUUACCCAGUGUCACAAGUGUGACUCACGGUGAGGAGGGAAGUUAAGGACUCCUCACACAUGUAGGCUCUCAGCUCGACGGAAGCUGAGGCACUGCCACCUCCAGAGGACCAGUGAGGCCCGGCAGCACAACCCUCCCUUUCCCAGCCCAGCGGGCAGCUCACAACGGCUUCUGCAACCCAGGUCAUCUUUAACAAGUGGUUGUGAAGGUGAACUGACCAAUGAGCAGAAAGCAGAAAACUUGGCAUCCAAGGUCACUGGAUUCUGAAGUCCUGGGGACACCAUCUUCUUUUAUUGUUCAAGAAAGAAGUCUUACUGUCACAUACAGGAAAAAAUGUUCUUUUGGAUAUUAGCCAUCCUAAUCCUCUGUGGUUUUCUAUGGAAUUAUAAAGGACAACUAAGGAUUGCAGACAUCACUGAUAAGUACAUUUUCAUUACUGGGUGUGACACAGGAUUUGGAAACUUGGCAGCCAGAACAUUUGAUAAAAAAGGAUUUCAUGUAAUUGCUGCCUGUCUGACUGAAUCAGGAUCAGCAGCUCUAAAGGCAGGAACCUCAGAGCGGCUUCAUGCAGUCCUUCUGGAUGUGACUGACCCGGAGAAUGUCAGGAGGACCGCCCAGUGGGUGAAAAGCCAAGUUGGGGAAAAAGGUCUCUGGGGCCUGAUCAACAAUGCUGGUGUUCUUGGUGUGCUGGCUCCCACUGACUGGCUGACAGUAGAGGAUUACAGAGAACCUAUUGAAGUGAACCUGUUUGGACUCAUCAGUGUGACAUUAAAUAUGCUUCCCUUGGUUAAAAAAGCUCGAGGGAGGAUUGUCAAUGUCUCCAGCAUCGGUGGUCGGCUUGCCUUCGCUGGAGGGGGCUAUGCUCCAUCCAAAUAUGCAGUAGAAGGCUUCAAUGACAGCUUAAGACGGGACAUGAAAGCUUUUGGUGUGCAUGUUUCAUGCAUUGAACCAGGAUUGUUCAAAACAGGAUUGUCAGAUCCAGUAAAGGCCACUGAGAAAAAACUCGCCAUUUGGAAGCAUCUGUCACCAGACAUCAAACAACAAUAUGGAGAAGGUUACAUUGAAAAAAGUCUCAACAAACUGAAAGGCAUUACAUCCUUUGUGAACAUGGACCUGUCCCUGGUGGUGGACUGCAUGGACCACGCACUCACAAGUCUGUUCCCUAAAACCCGUUAUGCUGCUGGAAAAGAUGCCAAGACUUUCUGGAUACCUCUGUCUCACAUGCCAACAGUUCUGCAAGACUUUUUAUUAUUGAAACAGAAAGCAGUGCUGGCUAAUCCUAAAGCAGUGUGACUCCGCUGACUACAAAUGCCUGCCCCCGGCUAUAAGAUUGUCUGGUUUCAAAGGACACAUCUUCUUUUUUGACCUCAUUCCUUAUCUAAUAUAAUCUGGACUCAUUUAGAUUAGGCUUCUGUUGAAGAAUGAAGAUCCCACCUUGAUGUCUCAAGGGCUCCUUCUCAAGCCUUCUAUGAAAAGAAGGUCAGAGAUGGCCCCUGGCCAAUAUUUAGGUUUUGCCUGCUUAGUAUGAUGCAAGGGAAAUUGAAGCUUUCCCAUCCAAAAUGAUCUCCACCACUGGCUACCUCAUGCUCCAAGUCCCUACCACUUAAAUUCCUGAAUGUUAAAUAUUUGACACUAUCAAAAUAUUAAGAGAUAAGUAGAAUACUAUCAUACAUGGAUUAGAUGUGUUAUCUUGCUGAGAACAACA